AUGGGAAGCAGUUGCUCGGUGCAGAGCGAUGACCCUAACGUGGGCUCCGCGCAAAGCGAGGGAGGUAGCAGCUCUGCCUCUGCCCUCCUCUCUACCCUCGUGCCGGUCUUGGUCUACGCCAUCAUCUGGUUCGCGUUGUUCCUCCUCCUUCGCAAUCGUUUUCCGCGCUAUUACAGACCCCGAACGUUUGUGGGCAGUCUCAAUCCCGAGCUACGGACACCCAAGCCGAGCGACAGCCUGUUUGGAUGGAUCAACGAGUUCUGGGCCAUGCCCGACACAUAUGUCCUCAACCACCACACCCUCGACGGAUAUCUCUUCUUGCGUUUCCUCAAGAUCGCCAUUGUGUGCUGUUUGGUCGGAUGUGCUAUCACGUGGCCCAUCCUCUUCCCAAUCAACAUCACAGGCGGCGGCGGCCUCAGCGAGCUGGAUAUCCUCACACUUGGAAAUGUCACCGGAAACACCGAUGGAGGCAACUACUUCAAACUAUUUGCCCACGCCGGAUGCGCCUGCAUCUACUUCUCCUUCAUCAUCUACAUGAUCACCCGCGAGUGUAUCUACUACAUCAACCUCCGCCAGGCAUACCUCAUGUCGCCGCYUUAUGCCAGCCGUAUCUCCUCUCGAACUGUUCUGUACACUUCCGUGCCAGACUCUUUCAUGGACGAGGCCAAGCUGCGCAUCAUGCUUGGACCCAAUAUCCGUCACAUCUGGUUCGCCACUGACUGCAAGGACCUAACAGAAAAGGUCGAGGAGCGCGAUCAGGUGGCUAUGAAACUGGAAGGCGCAGAGACCARGCUCAUCAAGACCGCAAACGGCAACAGAUUGAAGGCGGAGAAGAAGGGCGAGCGACAUGAUUCUGAGGAGGCUGCCAUUGGAGAGAACGGAUCCACCUCCGCUCGCUAUCUCCAGGCCAAGGAGCGUCCAAUGCACCGCCUGAAGCCUCUCAUCGGCAAGAAGGUGGACACCAUCGAUUGGUCCCGCAGCGAGCUCCAGAAGCUCAUAUCGGAAGUCGAGACUGCCCAGGCGGAACAAACGUCAGGUCGUGGAAAGAAGUUGAACUCUGUCUUUGUCGAAUUUGAGACUUUGUCACAAGCUCAAUCUGCUUAUCAGGCCCUUACUCAUCACCAAAUCCUGCAGAUGGCGCCACGCUUCACGGGAAUGACCCCUGACGAGGUCAUUUGGUCAAACCUCGGGAUCUCCUGGUGGCAACGCGUAGUCCGAAAAAUUGGAACAACGGCCUUCGUCGUUGCGCUUGUCAUAUUCUGGUCGAUCCCCGUCGCCUUUGUUGGAGCCAUCUCGCAAAUCGAUAACCUGAUCAGAUGUCUUCCGUUCUUGGACUUCAUCAACAGCAUUCCACCCAAGAUCCUUGGAGUUGUGACUGGUCUUCUUCCUGUCGUCCUGCUUGCCGCACUCAUGGCUCUCCUUCCCAUAAUUCUUCGUGCCAUGGCCAAGAUUGGAGGCGCACCAACGAGGAGCGCUGUUGAAUUGACCGUGCAAAACACGUAUUUCGCCUUCCAAAUCGUGCAGGUAUUUCUCGUCGCAACCAUUGGUGCAUCGGCCUCUGCUGCCGUGUCCAACAUCAUCGAGAAUCCCAUGUCGGCUCCAAGUCUCCUUGCGAAAGCAAUCCCAACUGCUAGCAGAUUCUACCUCUCGUACUUUAUCCUACAGGGUCUUGGAGUCGUCUCCGGCCUACUUCUGGGUCUUGUCGGCCUCAUCAUCUUCAUGGUUCUAGGGAAAUUCCUGGACAAAACCCCGCGUAAAAUGUACCAGAGGUGGAUCAACCUGUCUGGCCUCGGCUGGGGCACUCUGUUCCCUGUUUACACCAACUUGUUCGUCAUUGCCAUUUGCUACGCCGCCAUCGCUCCAUUGGUCCUCGGAUUCGCCGCUAUCGGAUUGUUCCUCUUCUACUUCGCAUACCGAUACAAUUUGUUGUUCGUGUCUAACGUCGUUGUAGACACAAAGGGAUUGGUGUACCCACGCGCCUUGGGUCAUCUAUUCGUUGGCCUGUACGUUGCAGAGGGUUGCCUCAUUGGUAUCUUCGCAAUUGCAACCGCUGGCGGAGUUGGAGCUCUGGGUCCUCUGAUAAUGAUGAUCCUCAUGUUGAUCUUCACCGCCUUGUACCAAAUCAGCCUGAACAGCGCCAUGGCGCCUCUUAUCGAUUACCUGCCCAAGUCCCUUGAGGCUGAGGAACGCCGUCUGCUCGAGAUUGAGGGAGGCCAUGGGAAUGAGGCAGAAGGAGAUAGGUACGCUGCGGAUGGUGCUGCCAAGGAAGGUUUCAGGAACGGGCCCACAAAGGAGUUGGGCCCAGCCCCGCACAAGAAGCCCAGCUUCCUCGCCAAGUGGCUGCGACCGGACAUCUAUACCGACUAUGAGACCAUGCGCCGCAUGGUUCCGAAGGAGAUUGGUAUCCGUUACAGCGAACAGGACGAGCUGACGGCCUUCUUCAAUCCUGCUAUUGUCGCUCCUACACCACUCCUGUGGAUUCCACGUGAUCCCAUGGGCAUUAGCAGAGAGGAGGUUGCGAAUACCAGCAAGAUCACUCCAAUUACAGAUGAGGGUGCCACCCUGGAUGAGAAGAACAACAUUGUGUGGGGUGAGGAGGACGGUCGCCCACCAAUCUACGAAGAGAAAGUGUACUACUGA